AUGUCGAAUCAACAAUCAUUAAAAGAAUCUGAUAUUAACUUAACAUCAAAUGUUUUGCCCGUAAAUAAAAAAGACGAUAUAAUCUUAAUAUGGUUUGAUAAUUGUAAUAUUGAUCAAAAUAUAAAAAAUCAAUUUGAACAAUUACACGAUGAUUGUCUUCAAUGUUUUAAUAUAACUGAACUAACUGAUUCUAUUACGAAUAUUAUUGAUAAAAAUAUUUUUCUUAUUAUAUCCAAUCAAUAUUCAGAGGAAACUUUACAAUUGUUUCAUGAUAACGAAAAACUCGAUUCGUUUUAUAUCAUUUGUAUAAAUAAACAAGUGUAUCAAAAUCAGAAAGAAUAUUCAAAAUUAGUUGGCGUUUAUAUAGAAUAUGAACAAUUAUUUCAUGCAAUACGUAAACAAAUACGUUUAGUAUCCAAACGAUCAACUAUUUUUAAAACAUUUAAUCGACAGAAUAAAGUAAUACGUGAUUUAGAAUAUGAAUCUGUUAAUUAUUUAUGGUAUAAAUUAUUACGUGAUAUGUUAAUAAAUAUGCAAAACAAUGAUACAACAUCAAAACAAGAAAUGUUAGAUUAUUCCCGUUCAUAUUAUCAUAGCAACGAUAUACGAUUAAAAGAAAUUGCUAAUUUUAAUGAAAAAUAUCAAUCAUCAGAUGCUAUUCGAUGGUAUACGAAAACAACAACAUUUCCAUUUAUGUUUGUUAAUCAAGCUUUGAGAACAGAAAAUAUCGACACAUUGUAUAAUCUAAGAUAUUUUAUUGUUGAUCUUUGUAAACAUCUAAAAUUAGUUUAUGAUGAAAAUAUUGAGUUAUACAACGAAAUAUACGGGGAAGAAUUCGUCGUAUAUCGUGGUGCAAAACUAUCUGACAAGGAGAUUGAUCAAUUAGAAAAUAAAAUUAAUAACUAUGUUUCAACAAAUGGCUUUUUAUCAACGAGUCGUUCACGUGACGUAGCUGAGAUGUUUACUGACAAUGUUUUAUUUGAAAUUACAAUUAAUACGAAGUUAGACAAUAUUAUUUAUGCCGAUAUAGGAUCUUCAGGAUUGAGUGAGAAUCCAACUGAAGAAGAAAUUCUAUUUGAUUUAGGUGUCAUAUUUCAAAUAAAAAAUGUCACAUUUAAAGAUAAUAAAUGGAUUGUAUCAUUCAGGACAGUAAAUAAUAUAUCUUGUUUAAAAAAUAAACAUUUUGAAUUACUACAAGAAUAUAUCAAACGAAGUUUGAUGAAUAAAACUAUUAAUAAUGAUUUUCUUUUUGGCUAUUUUUUAUACGAAUUGGAUUAUUAUUGUACAACAAUUGAAUAUUUCAAAGAUUCGUUUAAAAUAUUUAAUGGCGUUGCCAAUUAUCUUGCACAUUUUCUUAUCGCACAGUCGUAUAAAUCAAUCAAACAAUAUCCUUUAGCAUUGGAAUAUGCAAAAAAAGCAUAUAUAAUUGAUUCAAAUAUUUCAGAUAAUUCAAUGGCCCGAGCCAAAUAUCUAUGGUUGAAAGGAACAAUUUAUUUGAAACAAAAUGAAUUAAAUAAUGCAUUGAAUUAUUUUAAAGAAGCAUUAACAAUUCCUGAUAUUAUUGAUCUUUCAAUUAUAGACGAACUUCAUUCAUGUGUUGGUUAUGUCUAUUACAAGCUAGGUAAUUUAUUUUAUGCAUACAAACAUUGUCGACAAUCGUUAGAAAUAUUAAAUGAAUUUUAUAUAGAACAUUCAAGUGAUUCAAUAGCUCAAUUGUAUUUAAUAUUAGGUAAUAUUUUAUUCGAAUUAAAUGGUAACAAUACCGAUCAUUUGGUACUUGAAUAUUUACAAAAAUCAUUAUCAAUUAAAACAAUUAUUUAUCCUAAUAAUAGUUAUCAACAAUUUGCAUCUGUUUAUACUUCAAUUGGUAACAUUUAUUAUCACAUGAAUAAAUAUGAUUGGGCAUUAUAUAAUUACAAUAAAGUAUUAGAAUUGUAUAAACAAGAUCGUUCAUAUAAUGUUGUUUCAGAUGAAAUUCUAUUCAUAUAUGAACAUAUUGGAAUGAUUUAUUAUCAACAAGAAAAAUUUGAUUUAGCAUGUAAAAGUUUUAGAUUAAUCGUAGGAGCAAUGGAGAAAAAUAAUUACUUAAAUGAUAAAAUUCACGAUUUAUACGACCUACUUGGUCAAUGCUAUGGGAAACAAGAACAAUAUGAUGAAUCAAUUGAAUAUUAUGAGAAAUCGCUAAAGAUGAUUGAGAGUCUACUACCAAAAAAUAAAGUGAAAAUAUCAUCAUUGUAUAUAAAUAUUGGUUUAUGCUAUAGUUCAAAAGCCGAUAUAAUUUCAAGUAUAAAAAAUUUUAUGAAGGCAUUAGAAAUACAAGAAAAAUGUGAAUUAAUUGAUGAAGAAGAGUGUGCACGAUUAAAAAUUUUAAUCUAUGGAUGUUGGAUUGACGCUGGUCAAAGUAAAUUGAAACUGGACCAGACCUGGGAUGUAAAAUUAGAAGAUAUUAUUCAGAAUAUAAAAAUCACACUGUAUAAAGCGGGUAGAUAUGAAGGUGCUUGGAAGAUAUGUUUAGAUUCUGCAAAAAAGUACAAAGAGACUGCUAAAUACUCUUCAAUCAUUGGUGAAAAUUAUGAAGUAUUUGCUAAUAUAUAUCAACAUUUUGGUGAAAAAACACUUGCCUAUAAUUGUUAUGUAAAAUCAUUAAAAUACUUAAGGAUAAUUUCCAUCUAUCCAUAUUCAUAUAGAAAUAUAAAACGUGUGGAAAAAUCUGUACGUCGAAUGUACCAUUCUAUUUAUAAUGCACGAGACGUUCGUCCCAUUUUUCAAGAGUAA